AUGUCUAUUGUUCCUUUUUUAAUUGGUGUUGCUGGUGGUCCAUGUUCAGGUAAAUCAACAGUAUGUCAAAAAAUAGUUGAAGAUCUUCAAUCAACUGCUGGUGCUGAUCAAGCAAGUCUUGUUACUGUUAUACCAAUGGAAAAUUUUUAUAAACCUAAAACAAUUGAACAACGUGAAAUGGCUAUACGAGGAAAUUAUAAUCUUGAUCAUCCUGAUGCUUUUGAUGAAAAACUUUUAUUUCAAACUUUACAAGAUUUACUUAAUGGUAAAACUGUCCAAAUUGCUCGUUAUAAUACAGGAAAAUAUGAACAUGUAGAAGGAAUUAUGGAUACAAUUGCACCGGUGCCAGUUAUUAUAAUUGAAGGAAUUUUAAUUUUUUAUUUUCCAGAAAUUCGAAAUUUAUUUCAAAUGAAAUUAUUUGUUGAUACUGAUGCUGAUACUCGUUUAGCACGUCGUGUAUUACGUGAUAUGAAACAACAUGGUAGAAAUUUAGAAUAUGUUUUAGCUGGUUAUAAAAAUUAUGUUAAACCAUCAUUUGAAGAUUUUUGUUUACCAACAAAAAAAUAUGCCGAUGUUAUUAUACCACGUGGUGCUGAUAAUCAUGUUGCUGUUGAUCUUAUUGUUCAACAUAUGCGAGAUUUUCUUAAAUAUAAACCAAGAAAAAGUGAUAGUCAACCACCAGCUGAACAUACAGCACGAGCAAGACCACAUUAA